GUAAAAGUAAAGGUCACAGGAAAUAUAAUCGAUACCGCAAAUUAUAAGGUGAACCUGGAGUAACAGAACUACAUAAACGAUCCUGGGGUGAAAAAGAGCCAUGUUACGAUUAUGGCCCUUGCGUCAAUUCGGAAAACUCCAGAAUGUUAUUGGGUUGACCCAGAUAGCUUGCAAGUCAUCCCAGCCAGUACCUUCUCCUGAACUUGUCGAAGUAUUUAUCAAUGAUAAACAAGUGUUUGUUGAGCCUGGUACUACUGUAUUGCAAGCUUGUGCUGUUGCUGGUGUAGAGAUCCCAAGGUUUUGCUACCAUGAUCGUCUGUCCAUUGCUGGUAAUUGCAGAAUGUGUCUGGUGGAAGUGGAGAGAUCAGCCAAGCCUGUUGCUUCAUGUGCCAUGCCAGUAAUGAAAGGAAUGAAAGUGAAAACUGAUUCUCCAUUGACUAAGAAAGCUAGGGAGGGAGUAAUGGAAUUUUUGUUAGUAAAUCACCCUUUAGACUGUCCUAUCUGUGAUCAAGGAGGAGAAUGUGAUUUACAGGAUCAAUCUAUGGCAUUUGGUAGUGACAGAAGCAGGUUUACUGACAAUGCCUUCACAGGAAAAAGAGCAGUGGAAGACAAAAAUAUUGGACCUUUAAUUAAAACUAUUAUGACUAGGUGUAUCCAUUGCACAAGAUGUAUUAGAUUUGCCAGUGAAAUAGCUGGUGUAGAUGAUUUAGGGACCAGUGGUAGAGGAACAGAGAUGCAAGUUGGCACAUAUGUGGAAAAAAUGUUUAAAAGUGAACUUUCUGGGAACGUGAUUGACCUUUGUCCUGUUGGUGCCCUAACAUCAAAACCAUAUUCCUUUACAGCUAGACCUUGGGAAAUCAGGAGAAUUGAAAGUAUUGAUGUAAUGGACGCAGUUGGUAGCAACAUUGUGGUUAGUAUGAGAACUAAUGAGGUCAUGAGAAUACUCCCAAGAGUUAAUGAGGAUAUUAAUGAAGAAUGGAUUUCAGACAAGACAAGAUUUGCUUAUGAUGGUUUGAAAAGACAAAGACUGACAACUCCUUUUAUGAAAGUGAAUGACCAGUUGGUCCCAACUGACUGGGAAACUGCAUUUGUCAAAAUAGCUGAAAAGGUCAAGGCAACAAACCCAUCUGAAAUAGCUGGUGUUGUAGGUAGCACAGUAGAUGCUGAGGCAAUGAUUUGUCUUAAAGACAUGCUUAAUAAACUGGGUGUUGAAACUGUGUGCACGGAGACAACUUUUCCUCUAGAUGACUCAGGAAUUGAUUUUCGAUCCAACUACAUCAUGAAUUCUAAAAUUGCCGGAAUCGAACAGUCUGAUCUCAUUCUAUUGGUGGGGACAAAUCCUCGACUUGAAGCUCCUCUGGUGAAUGCUCGGAUUAGAAAGACUUGGGUACACAAUGAUGUUUGUAUUGCACUUCUUGGUGCUCCAGUUGACCUCUCUUAUGACUACCAGUAUCUAGGUGACAGCUACAAAGUACUGAAAGAUAUUGCUUCAGGAACUCACCCAUAUUGUGAGGCAUUGUCAAAAGCCAAUAAACCCAUGAUCAUCCUAGGAACAGAUUGUCUUCAGACCAGAGAUAAUGCAGCCAUCUUGGACAUUGUUAAACAGAUAGCCGAGAAAGCAAGACGCACAUGUAAACAUAAGGACUGGAAGAUUUUUAACGUUUUACACAAGAAUGCCUCUCAAGUUGGUGCCCUAGAUCUUGGCUUUCAACCUGGACUAAACAGUUUUGAAGACAACAGACCCUCUAUGUUGUUUAUGCUUGGAGCUGAUGAAGGCAAAGUGAAGAGAGCUGAUCUUUGUCCUGACUGUACUGUAGUUUACAUUGGCCAUCAUGGGGACUAUGGGGCACAGCUGGCAGACUUUAUCCUUCCCUCUGCUGCCUACACUGAAAAAGAUGCUACCUAUGUCAACACUGAGGGCAGGGUCCAGCUUGGCCGUCAAGCUGUUAGUCCACCUGGGAUGGCAAGGCAUGACUGGAAAAUACUGCGAGCUCUUUCUGAGAUACUAGGGGUGACAUUACCCUAUGAAAAGCUAUCAGAUGUCAGAUCAAGAUUAGCAGAAGUUUCACCAACUUUCAACUACCCUGGCUAUGUUUGUGAGUCUGGGUUUGAGGAGGAAUCUUUUAAGCUACAAAAACUAACAACAAAAAAACCCCCAAGCUCUGGCACCUGUUCAGCCCCUAUAGCCCCAACAAUGCUGAGACUCCGAGACUUUUAUAUGACAGACCCCAUCUCCAGAGCAUCACAGACAAUGGCCAAGUGUAUACAAGCAUUCGAUGAGGCAGAGAAGAACCCUUAUUCUAAACCAGAAGCAGUCAAAAACUAAAUAUUUAUCUCAAAUUCUAGACUAGAUUUAACAUGCUAGUAGCAGAAAACAUUUGUUUUUGCUAUUCUCUUGUUAAAAAAAUAAAAAAUGUACUAAUUUUCU